AUGACUUCAGUUGCAGUGCUGCAGGAUGCAAUGGAGCUGACGAAGGCAAAACUAACUCUUAACCUGUUCGUCUGUUCACCGAGGAAGUUUACCUUCAAUCCCAAGAAAGGAAUAGACAAUCCAGUCAUGGUUACUGCAGAUGAUACAGAGCAAGUGUCGAAUCCCACGCCCCGUGUGUGUGUGCUGAGGAGGGAAGAAAGAGAAACCUUUGGCUUCCACCUGCGUGUGGAGAGAGAUCGACAGGGUCACAUCAUCCGCCUGCUGGACUCACCGGGCCCAGCGGCAAGGAGCGGCCUCAGAGAUGGAGACCGUCUGCUGGAGGUCAAUGAGGUCUUUGUGGAAAACAUGGAGCACACGCAGGUGGCCCGUUGGAUACAGGUGAGUGGAUCACAGAUAUGUUUUCUGGUGCUGGAUGAAAAGGCCUAUGAGCAGGUGGUGUCUGAGGGUCGUGAUCUUGGAGAGAUGGCUAAAGCCAGCCGUGGAGAAGGAUGGAGGCCUCCUCGUCUCUGCCACAUCAGGAAAGAUGCACAUGGCAUGGGAUUCAACAUACUGCCGGUGGAAGGUGAGAAAGGGAAAUUUGCAGUGAGCCCAGUGAAAGGAGGUGCUGCCGAGAGGGCAGGAGUGAGGAAAGGAGACCACUUAAUCUGGAUGGAUGGUGCCAUGGCCUCUGAACUCACACAUUCUGCUAUCAGCAAAAUGGUGAAAAAAUGCAGCAGUCACAUGACAGUGCUGGUGAUUGACAGUGACACUGAGAAAAGUUAUGCCCGCCGAAAAGUGCCCAUUCUCCCAGCUAUGGCUGAUGCAGAAAACAUGCCGUAUCGGCCCCAGAAACUGCAUCUAGUGUUGGGGCCCGAUGGAUAUGGCUUUCUGCUUAGACAGGAGAAGACUGGACCUGGACGCACCGUUCACAUGGUGAGAGAGGUGGAUAAGGGCAGCCCUGCUGAACUGGGAGGAGUCAAAGUAGGUGAGAUGAUUCUUGAAGUGAAUGGAGAGUCCACAGACUCACUGAGUCAUGAAGACGUUGUCAGCAAUAUCCGACAAAGUGGACAGCAGGUCACCCUCACCACAAUGACACCCCAGGGCCAUGACUUCUACACUAAGUUGGGUCUCUCUCCCUUGCUGUUCUGUGUGGAUGUCCCAUCUGCCAUCCCUGAGGUAAAAAAGGAAAUCCCAGUGACGCCAAACCCUGCAGUGCCUCCUGUUGAGCCUCAGGAGGAGGUGCAGAUCAACCCUAAUGUUAGACGGUGUAUACUGGAGAGGGGCUCGGUUGGUUUUGGCUUCCAUUUGGGCUGCGUCCAACAGAAACCUGGCACCUUCAUCAGCAAGGUAGCAACCAUUGGUCCAGGACAGAGUUCAGGUCUCCUUCAGGGGGAUGUGGUGGUGGAGGUGAACGGACAAAAUGUGGAGAAAGAGUCUUUGGAGGAUGUGAUCAUGCAUGUGAAGAGAGGAGGAGAAACCCUUUCUUUAUUAGUUGUUGAUCAGAAAGGUUAUGAUUGGCUAAAGCAGAAUGGGAAGCCAGUCACAGUGAACAAACUAGAAACAAUCUCUGAGGUGGAGGAAAGUAUUUCAAGUGCUGCUGAACCAGCAAGAGUGAACAGUGUUGACACUGAUGGCCAGACUUUGUCCAUUUAGUUUCAUUUGGGAUGAGCAUUAAAACAAACCUGAUAAUGACCAUUAGAUCUGUGCUCUGAGGAUGAGGAAUAAACAGAGAUCCACUGGUUGGCUAAUUUCUCUGACCUAUAGCCAUACUACACUUUGCACUUUGCAGUUUUUCCUGAAUAUUGCCUAAAUCUUGGUAGCACACACAAUUCUGAGAGCAUAUGUAUGUCUGAAUAGUUAAAUCAGUAUGACUAUGGCAUAAAGACAUUCAUUUAUGUGUCUCUGAGAAGUAUUAUCUUUCAUCUCUGAUAUUACUGUUGUAUUCACUUUCACUGUUUUUGCCAGAUUAUGACAUUUGUGAGUUAUGAAACUAUUUAAGCACUGUAUCAUUUCAUCCUGAAUAAAGUAUUAUUAAAACGA